UUGAGUGAGAAUACUGCGCAUGCGCAUGGUUUAACGGGACACGUCAAGGAUCCGAGCUGGGUUAGGUUAAAGCUGUACAAGCUGCUAGAAUAAAAAUGGCGAAUUCUGUGAUGUCGGUGAUUUCCAAGUUUAUAGAGGAGUACGCGAGUAGCACAUCGGCUAAAUUAAAGCUAGUAGACGCGUAUUUGCUGUAUAUCCUGCUCACAGGCGGUUUCCAGUUUCUGUAUUGCCUGUUAGUUGGUACGUUUCCGUUCAACAGCUUCCUGUCCGGCUUCAUCUCCUGCGUUGGAUCCUUCAUUCUUGCAGUUUGCCUGCGUAUCCAGAUCAAUCCCCAGAACAAAGCAGAGUUCUUAUCCAUCUCACCAGAACGAGCCUUUGCCGACUUCCUUUUCGCCCACACUGUGCUUCACCUGGUCGUCAUCAACUUCGUUGGUUGAAGUGAUGCCCUUGUUAACGUGAAUUACAUGAUUGACUGAAGAGAAGUGACCAAACCCAGUAGUCACCUUUGAUGAGCCAUAAUGAAGAAUUAAACACAACACAUUCUGCUCUCUUUACAUGAUUGUUCAGUAACACUUUAUGCCACAUCUCCAACUCACCCAGUGUUGCAAUGCCCUCCUAAACAGACCAUUCAGGGUGGGGUGG